AUGCGCUUCUUCGUGAGGACGGGGUCUCUUCUGUGCGCAAUCCUGGCAAAGACCGCGGCCAACUGGGUCUACCAACUGGGUACGGACAAUUGGGAUUCAGCGCAGGCGCUUGCUUUGUCCUCCGGCAACAUCUUCGUAGCCGGAGAGACCGAGGGGUCCCUGGAGAAUGUUCGCUUUGGCCUCUCCGACGUCUUUGUGACAAAGCUGAAUGCAACAGGCGAUCCGAUGUGGAUACGGCAGCGAGGCUCUAUUGGCCAAGACCGCGUGCGCGACAUCAGAGUGACCGCGUCCGGAGAUGUCGUCGUUGUCGGGUUUACGGAGGCAUCUUUGGACGGUUUUCCGUGGGCCGGGGGCCACGAUAUCUAUGUGAUGACCUUCAGUAGCGAUGGA